GUCAAACACUCGGCUGAGUUGGAGCCCUGGCGCUGCAUUGCCAUUGCCUUCCAUUGUUCGAUUUUGGCAUUGCUUUGGGCCAGUAAGAUUACAUCUUUGCAUGAACAAAGCUCGCUUCAGUUUCGAAUCCAAGAAAGGCGCACUAACUUCUAAGUCACAUUUUCUGGUGCAGAACGAAGCGCAAAUAGCUUGGACAGCAUGGGUCUCGCUAGCAAGCUCAAGGCAAGUGGAUACGGGGCCGCAGAUGGCUCCAUCCCAACCGCGCCCCCUUAUCAGCCGCCUCCGCCCCCGCCAGGGUAUCAGGGAACUCCUUAUGGUCAGCCGCCGCAGAAGGUAGGGGCGUCCAGCGCUCCCUCUCCCGCAGCCCCCGGUUCUUCCCCCUAUCCCCCACCCCCCGGCUCUUCUCCGUAUCCCCCCCAGCCGGGCUCCUCUCCUUACCCUCAGGCCCCUGGCUCUUCCCCUUACCCCCCACCACCUGGGGCUUCCCCUUACCCCCCACCACCUGGGGCUUCUCCAUAUCCCCCGCCCGGUGGCUCCUCUGCCUAUCCCCCCCCCGCCGGAGCUUCUCCUUACCCUCCACCGCCGGGGAGUUCACCGUACCCCCCUGCAGGACAGCAGCCAGGGAAACCCGCUCAACCGCAAGCAGGACAGUAUGGUGCACAGCCAGGUGCGCCGUACUCAGGGCAGCCGCAGACUGUGGGGUCGCAAGGUGACGCAGGCGGGGUGCAGGCAAAGCUGCAGAGCAUCGUGCAGACAAAUGGUCUUCACCAGUUCUAUCCGCCGCAGGCGAUCCAGGCGCUAGCUCAGAGGAUUGCGCAGACCGUCAACUUUGAUCAGCUGGCAGCCAAGUGGCGCAUGCCCAAGGAGCUGGCCAUCGACCUGGCGGGCCUGGGGCUUUACGACAUCAUCAUUCUCGCCGACGACUCGUCCUCCAUGUCUUUUGAAGAACAGGGCGAGCGCAUCGACGACCUGAAGCUGAUUCUCAACAAGGUCUCGGAGGUGGCGACGCUAUUCGACCAGGACGGAAUCCAGAUCCGCUUCCUCAACUCGCAGGCGCAGGGGAACAACAUAAGGACGGCUCAAGAGGCCGAGGCAUGCGUUGCACAGACUCGUUUCCAGGGCCUGACCCCCCUCGCCGCGAGCAUGGAGCGCAACAUUUUGCAGCCCCUCGUGUUUGGCCCCGCACAGUCCGGACAGCUGCGAAAGCCCGUGCUAAUUGUGACCAUCACGGACGGGGAGCCGUCGGACAGUCCGAGAGACGCGAUCCUGCAGGUCAUCAAGAAUGCACGCGCGCGGCUGGCGCAGUUUGGGCCCAAGCCGCUGGCGUUCCAGUUUGCGCAGGUUGGUCGUGACUCCCGAGCCCAAGCGUUCCUGGGUACGCUCGACAAGAACAGGGACGUGGGCGAUCUCAUUGACUGCACGUCAUACUACGAGCUGGAAGCGGAGGAGUUCCGGAAGAAGGGCGUUGACAUGACGGUCGAACUAUGGUUGGUAAAGAUGAUGGUCGGAGCAAUUGAUCCGUCGUAUGAUGCGGAGGAUGAGGGCUAGACGAGGUGGGCGUUGAAAGAAGGAUACGGGCAGAGACUGGGUGUGCGAAUCUGGGACAACGAAGUGGUUGGAAUAGAGAGGACAUUGGCGUAGAGAGGACAUUGGCGAAGAAUUGGGCGGCUAUUUGGGAACUGUGAGGAAGAGUGAGUCUGUCAAAUAGCGGGUCACUCGUGGAGGAUGAAUAAACACAUAAGCAAGGGGGCAGCAUCGUUUUCAUGUUUUCCUUUGAACCUAGUACGCGUCAUUUCUGAACAUUCUUCGUUGUAGGGACAGUCCGUUCCUAUCCUGUGUCUUCCUUUUAGAUAUUGCAAGGUCAUGAGUAAUAAAGAGAAUAAGCUUGAUACCAACUUAGCAAUACAGUUGUUGCAGCUAAACAGGUUUCAAACCAUAACAAAACAAUGUAUUUGACUACUUGUAUCUGCUCUAACAUGAUGGCGGCUAGUCUCUCUGAAAUGUAGAGAAAGGGCCUCCGGAAGUGCACUGAUCAAUCAUGGGACAACCGUUGAACCUGACGGUCCUACCGCGCCGC